AAAUACAGCAUUUUGUAUUACCCAUUACUUCCUGUCAUAAGAUUAAUUAAGACGACGAUGGCAAGUCAAUCGACAGGAAUUCAACAGCUUCUACAAGCUGAAAAGAAGGCUGCAGAGAAAGUAUCCGAAGCUAGAAAACGUAAAGCAAAAAGAUUGAAGCAAGCUAAAGAAGAGGCUCAGGCUGAGAUCGAUGGGUACAGAAAACAGAGAGACGAUCAAUACAAGAAAUAUGAAAAAUCUAUUUUAGGUUCCCGCAGUGAUAUGGAAUCACAGAUAGAUGUUGACACAAAGAGAAAGUUAAAAGAGGUGGAAGAGAAUGUUAGAAAGAAUAAAGACAUUGCAAUCAAAAAAUUACUUGACUUUGUUAUAGACAUUGAACCAGAACUACACAAAAAUUACGUAGAAUAAUAAAUUAUAAGAUUUAUUGAUAUAUUAAUAUAUAUGUUGUAAACAAGAGAAAUUUAGUAUGGUUAGAUUGUUGGAGAAUAAAAACAUGUAGGUUCAUGAUAAUAAACAUAAAUGUCCAAACAUUCCAUUUUUCAGUUAUAGCAUAUUUUUCAAAACAUUUGUUAUUUAAAGUCAACAUAUAUUAUUGUCAAAUUAGCAUGAUAAGUCAUGACAUGUUCAAUAAACCAUUAAAUUAGAUUGUUUUGUAUAGACUAGGAGAAUUGAUAACCUUUAAUAAUAUGCAGAUUUAUAUUCAGGUUUUCCCUACUAACGGCAAGGAAUAUUACAGUUUAUACUUAUUCAGAAUUCAGUGUUUUACACAAGUAUAAAAUGUUUAAUAAAGAAAAUGUCAUCUGGAAAAAACGUGAUAUUUAUUGUCUAAAGUGAGAAAUGAGUAAUGUGGUUACAUUUGGUCAAACUGUUGUUUCCCUGAGAAUUGUGUUUCAUGCUAAAUAAAAAAAAAUAUGUAUUG